ACACACACACACACUGUGCUCUGCCGCGGAACCAGCGACCGAGACGAGUAGGAGAGGUAUACACGAAACGGACGCUCGACGAGCACUCGCCCGCCCCCGUCGGCACUGGCGUCAGUACGGCCGCAGAGCGCGUGGGUGCCGGUCCGGUGUGUUUUUGCGUUCCGUCCUCCGCUUGAUUUUUCGGCGGUUUUUUCUUUACCCCAACUCGGCACCGUUUCAUCGGAGAGCUAAGAAAAUAUAAAACCAUCACGAUACAAUAUAUUAUAUUGACAAUAAUCUCGGUUCUCGCCGCCGACAUCAUGUCGUCCGUCAUCAACGUGCGGCUCAACGAAAAGAUGACGUUGCAGUUCGUCGAGCUGUACCGCGACCAGCGGGUGCUGUGGGACAAGGAGCACGAGGCGUACAACAAGCGGGCGGAGAGGUUGCGGGCGUACCGGCGAAUCGCCGAGGCCAUGUCCGUCAAGGGGAUGGGCGUGCCCGAGGUGGCCAGCAAGAUCAAGAACAUCCGGUCCACGUACCUGCAAGAGCUGAAGAAGAUCAAGGAUUCGGCUCAGCGGCACCUCGUCCAGUCCGAGGAGGAGGACGCCUCGUCGCCGUACGUGCCCAAGCUGCUCUGGUUCUCCAUACUAGACUCGAUGAUCGGUGGCGCGGCCGUCAAACGCCUGUACUCGUCGCCGUCCACCGCCGACAUGCUGUCCAUAGAUUACGCUGACGAGAGUAGCUGCCCCGCGAGUUCCAAUAACUACCCCGACUACAGCUCAUUUUACACUAACGACUCUUCCGAUCCGGCCAAGAGACCGUCGUCGUCGUCAUCGGUGGUGGACGAACAGCCACCCGCCAAGAGGCUGAUGUACGAGCGACAGCAGUCGUCCGCCGAGCUAUUCUCCAGGUACAUCGCCACCUCGCUGGAAGCACUGCCACCUCGGCUGUCGGUGCGUGCACAGAAGGAAGUGCACGACGUCCUGGUCAAGUACAAGUUUUUGGAACUCGACCAACUAGACCAACAGCGAUGACCACGACAGUGCUACAAGCUAAUAGGUAUACCCCGCUCAGAAAUGAAAUGGUCCCGAAUGUACAUGCUACCUAGUAGGUAUACAGAAAUUGGGUUUUUUUCCCACCUGCUCUUAAACAUCGUCGAUUUUUCUCGAUUUCGGUAUGGCAUUUUUUGUUGACCAGAAAAAUUACUACGUUCUUUCUGUGAACGACGAACGGUUUCAAUGUUAUUUAUAAUAUAAUAACUAAUAAUAAACCUUCCAAACGCUUCUGCUGUUUAGCCGGUUUCUGCUCGCACGCUGAACGUCCCAAGCACAUUAUCAUAGUACGUAAUGCGCACCGUACGUUAGUCGUCUCCCUGCCGGGUGUUAAGAAAAUUAUGUUCAAUAUAAUAUUUUAAUCAUGUACGAUGGAGAACGAACUGUUCAAAAUUCAGUGUUGGCAGAAUAUAUUACGUCGGUGCGGUGCGUACACACUUAUAUAAUAUUCAGUGGGUCAUACUUUUAUUCGUUACCGUGUUUGGUUCGGCGUUCGUAUACAAUUUUUCCGUUUGGCAUCUCGUUUUUCUCGAAACGGAUCAAAUGUAUGGAAGGUCGCUCGACGACCGCAGCUCUCUUCGGCAAAGUCCACGGCGCGCAGUAAUACACUGUGUAGGGCUGAGUAUUCGGAGAAUUUUUUUUGCCACGGAAUGUUUUUUUUCCAUGCAUCCGAACCCUCGCAGAGACGUGACUUGAGGCGACGCUAAAAAUACCCAUUACGCAAAUUGGCCGCCGCACCGACUUCAAAGCGAACGCUUUCGAAUCGAUAGGGACCGUAAUCUCGACGC